AUGGCUACCACCGGGCCUCAGCCCCAAGCGCCUUCGCAGGCAUAUGCGCAAUUCCCAGGCGCAUACGGCCAACCCUUCCAAACCUAUAGUCAAUAUGGCGCUGCCCAGCCUCAGGCCAACCAGCAGAUCAUCCGCGCGGAGCCCACUGAAUCGAAAGGCUGGAAAAUUACUCGAUCGGCCCUCCACGGCGCAGGCAUUGUUGUGGCUAUUCUCUGCAUAGCCUUAUCCUUUUCCUUCAAGGGCACAACUACUGAAGUGUAUACAGCCUGGUACUCAUCGCCAGCGGCUUUGAUCGCAUUCGCUUGGAGUCUCUCCGAGCUCAUCGUACGUGCUGUCCGAAAACAAAAGGAGGGCAUUCACCCCGGCGCCCAUGUUGGCAUGUGUCUGCUCAUCUGGCUCGCUGCCUCCUUCGUUGCUGGUGUACAUUCCACAUUUGCCGCCAUCUCCCACUAUGGCGAUAGAUCGUCAAACUGCGACUAUCGCUAUGACUCUAGCAUACAGGAUUAUAGAUACUACAAUUGCACCCUGCCAUUUAACGGCCGUUUUGGCCAGUGGAUCGCACUCACAGUUUUCUCGUGGCUUCUUUGGCUCAUCUACUUCAUCCUCUUUAUUGGUUCCUGCAUCGACACCCACAAGAGAAACCAGGCUAAACGCCAGCGCGUCGUCAUUGUCAACCCGGGAUCGUUCUGGGGGGCAGGCCAAGGAUGGCAGCAACUCCCUCAGGGCGCUCAGAUCGUUCAAGCUCCUGCACCUGGCAUUCCCCUGCAGAAUCGGGAUUCAACCCAGCCUCAGAACCCAAUGCCUACGGAGUUCUACAGCGAAAAGGGCAAGGAGCCUCAGAGGCUGAGCCCAACCCAUCAACCCACGGCUCCUCCCCAGAUUACCGAGUACUACACUCCCUCUGCAUCCAAAUGA